AUGGCCCCUCCUACUCCCACCUCUAACCCUUUCGCCGCCAUGAGGAACUUUGGUGGUAUGGUGUCGUCUGCUCUUUCCUUCGGCGACAGAUCUCGCCAAGUCUCCUCCCUCGGCCUCGGCACCCUCUCUUUGGGGGAGCCGUCUGGCGAUGUCCCGCCUCCUCGCUCCGCUUCUCCUCCCGCCGGUCCUCCCGCUGGUUCUCCCUCUGCUUCUCCUCCUCCUGGUCCUCGCUCUGCUUCCCCUCCUGCCGACAGUCCUCGCCGCAGGACGCCCGCCUUUCGUCCUGACUUCGAAGGAAAAGGGGGUGAUUAUAGUGAUGAGGAUGAUAGAAUCGUGUCGGAGGGUGAAACCGAGUUAGAGGAACACUCGGAUGAUGAUAUGGUGGCGGUUAGUGUAGAGGACAACAACGUAGAUAGUCCUGAGCCCGGUCCUGCCCCUCCCCCUGCUCAAAUUGUGGGCCAGAAACGACGCCGUUCCCUCUCUUCUUCUUCUUCUUCCUCUUCUUCUUCUUCCUCUUCUUCUUCCUCUUCCGGGGUUCUCCCCCCCCCCAACGCCAUCGCCGCUGCCGCCGCUGCCGCCGCUGCUGCCGCCGGUCCUGCUGCCGCCGUCCCCGUCGCUGCUCCCCCCCCUUCUCCCAGAGGGGAGCCUUCGCCCAAACGGGUGAAGAGAUCACUGCGGGAAGAAGAGUACUUGUGGGAGAAGAUGAAGUCCGAGCCUGGUCGUUGGAUCGCGGUUGGUGUUGACGAAGCGUGUGAUCGUUGCCGGCCCUCCGUUGUGCUUCAUGCACGUCUGGCCCCUGCUCCUUCUGUCCCGUUUCCUCUGCCCGGGACAUCCCGCCCCGUCCCUCCGACUCUUCGCCCUUCCCCCCUCCUCAGACUCCAGCGUCUGUCCCCCGUUCGCGGGUACCUCCUUCGUCUCUCCGGUCGGUUCGCCGUACUUCGCCGGACCUCCGCCCGUCGCCUCCGUCGCCGUCGCCCUUCGCCCUUCGCUCCUGUGGCCGGCCCAUCACGUCUCCCGGCUGUUCCUCCUUCGUCUUCUCGCCGUCCUUCGGUCUCCCGUCCUUCGGCCUCUCGUUCUUCGGCCUCUCGUCCUUCGGCGCCACGUCCGUCCUCUCCAGUGGUAGCUUCUCCCCCGGCUCACAGCACCCGAAGUCGGCGUCCUUCUGUUCCUCCGGCCACUUCGGCGGCCCCUCCCGUCACCCCUCCCUCUGAAGUCUUCUUUAAAGAAAUCAAAAGGGAAAUCUAA